AUGGCCCGUUGGUAUCUCAAAAAUGGCCGACGGCUGGAGCUAUGGUAUCUCGCUCCAGGUCGGGAGCGUCGCGUGGGCAGCUCCAGUCUCACGGACAUGGACACCUUGGUAGAGAAGAUCUGCGAAGCUCUUGAAGUCCGGGUCUCAGGCUUGGUGGAUGGGGUCCCCUAUGCCUUUUUUGGUCACUCCUUGGGGGCGCUGGUGGCCUAUGAGACUGCGAGGAAAUUAGAUGCAGACAUGAGCCCUGGCCGGCCUCGACCGGUGCACAUUUUUGCAAGUGGCCAUGGGGGCCCUGCAUCGAUGAGCUUGGAACGGCAGAUUGAGCAUUGGGGGAGUCUACACAAGCUCUCGGAUGAAAAAUUGAUUGAGGUGACAAAGACCUUCGGCGUGCUGCCGAAGGAUUUGAACUCCGAGCUUUUGAGGGCCUUGCUGCCGGCGCUGCGGAGCGACUUUGAGAUCUACGAGAGCUACGUACCGGCAUCGGAACGACGUCCUUUGAUGCUUCCCAUCACAGCAUUGGGAGGGGAUGAGGAUGCGGCCGUGCCCAGCGGACACUUGUUGACCUGGCAAGCGGAGACAAGCCACAAGAUGCCCCCACCCAAGGUUUUCAGAGGUGGUCAUUUCUACUUGCUGGAGCAAGUGCAUGAGGUCGCCAACUACGUCAAGACCACUUUGGAGGAGACCUUGGCAUCUCUGCCACAGUCCUUGCUGGCAAGCAACGCCUGGUUCCCCGGGGAUUUCAGAAAAAAGGCGACGAUCCCGAGUGUUUGCUACGAGAAACUCAUCACAGAGGUGGUUGAGGAGUGGGCCCAGAAACAACCAAACAAAGAGGCCUUGGUGGAUGCCUAUGAAAGAGUAACUUUUGGUCAGAUGGCGGAGCGAGCCAAGAUGUUGGGCACGGGCUCUGAGGGGAUUCAACAGGCUCAUUUCCCAGAAGGUAUGGUGAAGGAAAUCUGCGAGGAGGCGAAGACCGUGGCAGCCGUGGCGAGCCCCGCACAGGCGCCGAAGUUCGCCCAGGUCCAUGGCUGCAGGACCUUGGAGAUGACGAGUGAUUGGGUGCAGCGUGUGAGCCAGGGGAACCCAGUUUUUUCUCCGCCAAAAUUGCAAGGUCAUUUCUUCAUGCACGUGGGAGCAAGGGCGAAGGCCUACAACGUGAUGUUUGUAUGGGAAGUGAUGAGGUCGCCUUUGUUGGGCCAGACAGCCUUCAUCCUGCCAGACGAGGCCACCUUGGAUCCGCAGAUCUUUGUGAAGUUCUUGGCACAGCAUCGGAUCAGUCGCAGCCUAACGACACCGUCCCUUUUGGCCACAAUCAUCGACAGCUGCCAUCAGGCAGUGUCGAAGUUGGAUCACAUGUGCGCUUGGCUCAUGUGUGGCGAGGUCCUACCGAUGCAAGUGGUGCAGAGCUUCCGAGCGCUGCUCCCCAGGUGUCGGCUCAUCAAUGACUACUCCACCUGGGAAAGUGGAGAUAUUGGCUAUGCCCAGGUGGCGCCAGCUGGGAGCUAUGAGCCCAGCCAGGUCUUUGCUGCAGCCUGUCAGCAGAUGGCCUGUGGCAUCACUGCGUGCAUCGUGGAUCCUGAGAAUCUGAAGCCAGUUCCACGGGGGCUUGUGGGUGAGCUGUACGUUGGAGGACCGGUGUUGUCCUACGGCUACUAUGGCAACCACGACAUCACCGCGGCCAAGUUUACGGAUGGCGUGAACUCUGUGAUGGCUGACCUGUCUCAGGGCAAGUGGAAAUGGUACAAGACAGGCGAUGCCGCCCGGCUGGUGGGGCAGCCACCAGUGCUGGAGAUCCGCGGGCGCAUCGACAGCACCGUGAAGAUUCGGGGCUUCAAGGUGGGGAUUCCCGUUGUGGAAGGAGCCAUCGCCCACAUUUCGGGGGUGGCGCUCUGCGCUGUGGUGCCCGUCUACGAGACACCCACGUCGGUGGACAGCUUGCUGUGUUUCGUGAAGCCACAGGACGAUGUGCAGUAUGAGGACUUGGUCCAGCGAAUCAAAAAGGAGGCCGUAAAGGAGAUCCCUCGCUGGAUGAUGCCGAGCUACUUCCGGCCGCUGCCCGCGGAUUGCUUCAUGGGUGGCGAGAGCCGCAAGCUGAAUCGACGCAGGUUGGCAGAGAUGGCUGAUCUGAAGGUCCUGAAGGGACAUGUGGCGACUCCACCACAGCCGCGGCCACCCAAACUUGAAGAGACGGGCGUCCGCGGAGUGGUGACGUCCGUCUGGGCCAAGGUCUUGGGAUUGGAGAUGGACGUGGUGGACCCUGAGGAGAACUUCUUCGACACUGGUGGCCACUCGGCGCUGGCUGCGAAGAUGGCCACGGAGCUGUCCUCCGAAUACCACCUGCCGGUGACGGUCUUAGACAUCUACAGCCAUUCCACCUUGCAGGCGCUCUGUGACUUUGUCGAGUCCAAAGUGGAGCUGGAAGCAGGAAGCGCCAUGAUCUCCCCAAACUCCAUCCGCCCUCACGAGCCAGAGAUGCGGGAGACAUCGAAAUUGGCCGUGGCUGGCAUGUCGGGGAAAUUUCCAGGCGCUGAUUCUGUGGAACAUUUCUGGGACAACAUACUCAGGGCGGCCGUCUCGGUACGCUUCCUGUCGAAGGAGUUCUUGCGAGGCAAAGGUGUACCGGAGACCACACUGGGGCACAAGGAUUUCGUGCUGGAAAGCUCAGUGCUUACAGGAGACUCCUUGACCUUUGAACCCUGCGAAUCCCAGCGACAUUUCUGGGUCCACGCGCUUGGAACUGGCGACAUUCGAAUUGAGCCUGCGGCCUACAUGAUUAACGAUGCGGACCACUUCGACAACGUCUUCUUUGGCAUCGGGCGGCAUGAGGCCUCGAUGAUGGACCCUCAGCAUCGGGUCUUCAUCGAGGCGGCUUGGUCGGCGAUGGAGAAUGCGGCCCUGCCGCCCAAGACCAGCAGCCUGUCGGAGCAUGUGGUUGGCGUCUUUGCCGCGGCGGGCAUCGACGGCUACUUGGUGCAUCACCUAGACGGACAAUCGCUAAAGGACACGCUGAAUCCUCAAGAUAUCUUCUUGACGGAGAUUGGAAAUGAGAAGGACUACAUUGCAACACGCGUGUCGUACCUCAUGGACUUCACCGGGCCCUCCAUGAAUGUGAACUCGGCUUGUAGCUCAGCACUGGUGGCGGUGGUGCAGGGAGCCUCCGCCAUCGUGGCAGGGCAAUGUGACGCGGCUGUAGCUGGAGCUUCAUCGGUCACCUUCCCGAACUUGGGGUAUCUUUAUGCGGAUGGCUUGGUGAGUUCCGUGGACGGCUAUGUGCGACCCUUCGACGCCAAGGCGGACGGGACGGUCUUCGGCGAUGCGGUGGCGGCGCUGGUGCUGCGACGCCACGAGGACGUCGGGGAGAAUGGCCUGGCGUAUGCCGCCCUGAAGGGCUACGCCAUCAGCAAUGAUGGGGCGCAAAAGGCUGGGUAUGCUGCACCUUCCAGCACCGGGCAAGCACGAGCAGUGCAGGUGGCAAUGCGCAUGUUGAAUGAGGAUCCCUGGUCCAUCAGCUACGUUGAGUGCCACUGCACUGGCACCCGCAUUGGUGAUGGGAUUGAGGUUCACGGGCUCUUGAGCGCGUUCGAAACGCUGGGUGGACGAAAGCAGGUGACAGCUGACAUGCCCAGCAUUGCGUUGGGCUCGGUCAAGGGCAACAUCGCUCAUGCCAACUGCGCGGCGGGCGCCACUGGGCUCAUCAAGGCGCUGGCAAUGAUGCGUGCGCGCAGCCUGGUGCCAACGGCCAAUUUCAAUGAGCUGAAUCCCAAGAUCAAUCUGCAAAACACGCCCUUCUUCGUGAAUUCCGAGGUGUGCCAAUGGACUGCGAAGAUUCCCAUCCGAGCAGGCGUCAGCUCCUUCGGCAUCGGAGGAACCAAUGCACACACGAUCCUGGAAGAGGUAGUGGCCCCUGUAUUGGAGAUCAACAGCAGCGCGAAGAAGCCCUUGGAGUUCCAGCUCUUGACCUUCUCCGCGAAGUCUGCAGGGUCUCUGCAUCGCUCCGGAGACAAACUUCUCAAGAAACUUCAGGACGCAGGAGAGUCCAUGGACAAAGUGGCGUAUACCCUCCAGGCGGGUCGCGCUUCGCUUCCCUUGCGCAAGAGCUUGGUGGUCCCCGGCGGCCGCAACGAUGUGCAGAAGGCGGCUGAGGUUCUGCAGAGCUCUUGGCCGGACCUGGAAGAAUUGGAGGAACUGGAAGAUGCCAAGAAGCGACCACCGGUGGCUUUCGUCUUCCCCGGGCAGGGAAGUCAGUACCUUGGAAUGGCGCGAGGCCUCUAUGACCAGGUGCCUCACUUUCAGCGCCUGGCGGAUCAUUGCUGCGAACAGCUGGCGUCGCCGAAACUCCUGGGUCGGGACCUGCGUCCGCUGCUCUUUGGCAAUGGCCCAAUGACGGAGGAUGAACUGCAGCAGGACCGGAAGUGGGGCGGACGACUGUUGUCUGUGAGAAUGCGAUCAGUGGUGACAUUGGUGACUAACAACUUCGCUUCCUUGAACCGUUUCCGGGAAUUGCCGCAGGAGUUCGAAAAGCCAUCCGUGGGGGCCCGCAGACGGAAAUGA